AUGGUAGUAGGGGAUAUGGUGAAGAAUGACGAGACGGUUGAGAGCACAGUGAGCCAAGAGUCAACCGACAACUCAAAUCCACAACAGGGCCCUUUCCAAGGCCAAGCCAUCAACCAAGCGAAUAGUCAGAACAUGCAAGUCAAGAUUCCACCCACCGAAAUUGAUGACCGGAAGCUUUUUGUUGGUGGUCUUCCACCAGACGUGACGAAUGAAGAGUUCCGGUUGUUCUUUGAGCAGUUUGGGGCAUUACUUGACUCUGUUGUUAUGUUUGAUCGGGAAACGAAAAACUCGAGAGGUUUUGGAUUUGUAACUUUUGAAGAUCCGGAGGUCUCGAAGUCGCUACUAGCACAAGGAAGUCAGGAAGAUGGCAUAGGGCGACUUGACAUGAGAGGGAAAACAUGUGAAGUGAAGCGGGCUGAACCCAAACACCCUGGACGCCAAUCAAAGACGAAGCAGCAGCAGAAGCUACACCAGACUUAUCCUCGUUAUGUGUACGAUGGGUACAUGACAAACAACUCCAUGCAGCCUUAUCAGUACGGUGUUCCCGUUUAUGCAGGGUACAUGGCGCCGGUUUACUAUCCGUACCCACCAGCCGCAAUUUCGCAUGUAGGAGACUUUGGUGCUCAUGCCCCAGUUCAUCCAUCACCUUACAUGAGUCAUGGCGGUGAUCCAUACUUGACUUCUCAGGCUCCACCAACGAGCAGUAUCGCAUACAUGCACCACCGACCACCAGUAGUGCCGAUGAUGCCAAAUGAAAUGUCAGCGCAACAAAGCUCACAAGUAUCAGCAAUGCAGCCACUUACUCCGGGGAUUCCUACACGGCUUGGCGAUUCAACAUUCGAAAAUGUGUUACCUUAA